AGGAAGGCGCUUCGAAGUUGCCACGCAGUUCACGACCGACGCCGUCCCUGUGCAGGCACAGAAGUAGGGUCGGGUUUCGACGAGUCAUCCGUCUCUUUCCGUGGCCCGCAUACGCCGGAGGAAGAGAGAGAAACUGGCCGAAGAAGGGUGCACGGAGCGUCGCGGCGCCUUUCAACAUGGCACCGUGCCGCGUCUGAGUGCGCGGGGAACGAGCGUACGUCGUCGUCGGGGGUGCACUAGUGCCGGCUGGAUGUCGUCGACGGGGAGGUCCUCGGUGUCCCAUCGCGUGCAUUCUCUCGUCGAAGAGUGCGUCGCAUUCGGAGCAGCGUAGGCCGAGGAGGAAAAAGAGGCCGUGGAAGAGGGAAAGAGAGAAGAGAGAGAGACAGAGCCAUGUUGAGGAGCCGCACGGGGCAGGCCAAUCCGGUGGCGAUCAUCCUACCCCGUGUCGAGUGACAGGCUGCUUACGUAACGGAUUAUUCUCGCUAUGAUAACGACACUCUCCAGGCGCGUACGCGACACGCCGACGAGAGGAAGAAGCAGCGGAUCCAACAGCAUCGUCGCCGUCGGCGCGGCGGCGCAGCGCGCGACCCCGACGGAAAUACGCCGACCCGAGUCCCGCUAUCGCCGUCUCUGAUACCCGCCGUGCGUCGCGACGCCCACCUCUUCGCCACCGCCGCGGUGCGCGGGGACACCUGAUCGAGUACCGAGUGCGAAUUAUGACAGCGGCCGUCGUCAUGGAGAACGUUAACUGGGACCCCGGUAAGUGCGAGUCGAUGGCCGAAGAAGAGGAGCUCGGAAGCGGCAAAGAGGAGCGGCGUCGAAGGCCUCACUCGUGUUUGCGCUCGGGAUUCGAUUUGAGCGCAUUGUCCAAACUGUUGAACUCGCUACAAGAGAACAAGUCGGAGAUACCUAGCUGCACCGAAGAGGAAUUCGGGUUUCUGAGUGAAUUAUUGCAGUCAAAGGAACUAAACGCUCUGGUGAAUGUUCAUAAUAAAAUUCUCAACAAUACCAAGGAUGAUAAGUUUUUCCCCGUACUCUCGAACUCGAUGGACAUUGACGUCGAAGUCCUCGAUAUGUUAUCGACCAAAACACAUGUCUCGGCCGAGUACAAGGAACUUUUCCACUUGCUGCAAAAACCGCACAUCCAGGGUCUCCUGUGCGCUCACGAUGCGGUGGCACAAAAGGAUUACUAUCCGAGGCUGCCAGAGAUCCCGCUGGAGGUGGACGAGGACGAGGAGACGGUGAAGAUCGUCCAGCUGGUGAAAUCGAACGAGCCCCUGGGUGACGCCGGCGUUGAACCGAUCGUGGGGGCGACCAUAAAAACCUGUGAGGUCACUGGCAAGAUCGUGAUCGCGCGGAUAAUGCACGGCGGCGCAGCCGACAGAUCUGGUCUCAUUCACGUCGGCGACGAGGUCUGCGAAGUUAACGGUAUCAGCGUUGAGGGAAAGACGCCUAGUUUCGUCCUGCAUAUUUUGCAAAAUUCGGAAGGGACAAUCACUUUCAAAAUUGUGCCUGCGGACAGCAAGAGUGGAGUCAGAGAAAGCAAGGUUCGUGUGAGAGCACACUUUUCGUACGUGGCGGCUGAGGAUCCCUAUAUUCCUUGCAAAGAAGCCGGACUAGACUUCACCAAGGGCGACGUUCUGCAUAUCGUCAGCCAAGAUGACGCCUACUGGUGGCAAGCCAGACGGGAAGGCGACCGAAAUAUGAGAGCAGGCUUGAUCCCCAGCAGGGCUCUUCAGGAACGCAGGAUUCUCCUCGAACGACAGCAGAAGGAGAAACAGGACGAGGACAAUAUAAGCUUGUGUUCUGUUCCAGUGCCUUUGCCCGCAUUGUGCCCCCGUCCCAGUACCUCUUUGCACGCCUCGCCCACAAAGUGCAACUUGCAGGGAAUUAAAACUAAAAAAAUCAUGUAUGACGCUGCAGAGAACGACGACUUCGACCGGGAAGAGGUACCGACCUACGAAGAGGUCGCGAAACUCUACCCCAGGCCGGGUCUGUACCGGCCGGUGGUUCUCAUCGGGCCACCGGGGGUCGGCAGGAACGAGUUGAAGAGGCGGCUCAUGGCAACCGACACCGAAAAGUACAAGACUCCCGUGCCCUAUACGUCUAGGCCACCGCGACCGGGCGAGAUAAAUGCUAAGGAGUAUCAUUUCGUGUCUCGGGAGAAAAUGGAAGAGGACGUCGACGCAGGCAAGUUCAUCGAGUACGGCGAGUAUAAGGGUAAUUUGUACGGUACCAGUUCCGAGAGCGUGAGCUCGCUCGUAAACGCUGGAUACGUGUGUCUCCUGAAUCCACACUAUCAAGCCCUCAAGAUGCUGAGAACACCGCAACUCAGGCCGUACGUUAUAUAUGUGAAACCGCCGAAGUUUGAAGUGCUGAAGGAGACGAGAAACGAGGCUAGGGCGAGAUCAACCUUCGACGAGAGUAAUUCCCGAGGCUUUACGGACGAGGAAUUCCAUGAGAUUUUGCACAGUGCGGAGAAGAUAGAAUUCUUGUACUCUCACCUCUUCGACGAGGUGAUAGUGAACGCCGACCUUCCGAUGGCAUUCGAGCAGCUAGUCAACGCGAUUCAUCGGGUGGAGUCCGAGCCGCUCUGGGUACCGGCUUCGUGGGUUCAGUAAAGUAGCGCUCUUCGGGGUUCGAAGCGCCAUGUAAAGAAAGGAAGAGAAGUUUCGUGAUUGUGUCACGUGGAGACGCGAGAUUGCUCGUUCCUAUUUGAUGAGCUCGAGCGACACUUCACUUCCACUCCCGGUUUCCGAAGAGCGCGCACAUUUCUCGUCUAUCGUCCCGAAUUGCAGUUUGCCACCUUGAAUGUCACUGCGCCUCUCUUUACACCCAUAGAGAUUUCGUACCUCGGUCUUCAUCGAUUUCGAAGACGAAUAUAAAGAAAAGAUUUUUUAUUAUCGAUCGUUCGUCGCUGGUUGGUGAUCGUUGUGAUCGUUCGCCCAUGACGAUACAUCGAUCGCGAGAGGAGCGCGUCUCCUCAACGGCGUCGUCGUCGUAGGUCAAAUAGUUAUUUAAAUACGAGACGUUGAGAUAUUCUCGAAGAUAAGCAGCCCCAAGUGAUUCGAAGUCGUCCAAAAUCUCACAAUUCUUGUUUUCCGAAUUUAACUGUCAGCCGUUUUAGCAACACUACGCGUAAUCUUAGAACCCCCUACUGCCGAUUGCUUCGCCAGUGAUCAGAACGGAGAUCUCGUGUCGCACGAUCCGAGAUGAAAACGAUACGAUCUCGCUGCACGACACGGGAUCUCCGCGCUGUUCUAUCGACAAGUCGUAAAUUCCAUUUUCGAGACCGCGGGAAUCUUGCAUGCCUUGGGAUCAACGCUCGCGAAAUGGUUCAAAGUUACUCCGGAAGCGCUUCGCCAAAGCUGAGAGAGCCAUCACCGCGGAUGAUCUUUGAUCUCGAUUGUUGUUAAUUGUUGCCAAAUAAGUAUUCUACCUAUAGAACGCGGCUGGAAGAGCCGUUCCACUGUAUUAACUGUAUUUUCCACUCGGUCUGUAUUACAUAUUUGCUACUUUUUUUUUCAUGACGAAGGGAUGCCAACGUGAGAAAAGGAGUUGUUCACAUUAUCAAGUCGACGUUGCACGAUUCAUCCUUGAUGUAAACUCUGCAUGUUAUCAAAAAUAAUAACAUUAAACUUUGAA